ACUGUCUUGCUGCAGAACCUGUACGUGAACCCCCAGAAUUCAGCCAAAUCAGCUGAUGGAUCGCAUCUGAUCAGCAAUGUGUCAGAUGAAGAGAUGCAGGAACAUUAUGAUAACUUCUUUGAAGACAUCUUUGUUGAGUGUGAAGAUAAGUAUGGUGAAAUAGAAGAGAUGAAUGUCUGCGACAAUCUCGGUGAUCACCUGGUUGGGAAUGUCUACAUCAAGUUUCGCCGAGAAGAAGACGCUGAGAAAGCAGUUGCUGAUUUGAAUAACAGAUGGUUUGGCGGUCGACCGGUGUAUGCUGAGUUGAGUCCAGUCACCGAUUUCAGAGAAGCUUGUUGUCGUCAGUAUGAGAUGGGUGAGUGCACCAGGAGUGGAUUCUGCAAUUUCAUGCACUUAAAGCCGAUUUCCAGAGAACUACGUCGUUAUCUUUACAGUAGAAGGAAGAAGAGUGGACGCAGAUCUCGAAGCAGAAGCCGAGAUUUGGUGGGAUCUCGGAAGUCGCGGUCUCCGAGACCGCCCCGCCGUGAUCGGGAGAGAGAACGCGAUCGUGACCGCGACCGUGACCGUGAAAGGCACCGUUCAAGAGAAGGCCGUUCCGGCCGCUACUGAUUUACACACUAACUUCAUUCACCAGGACUCACCUGGUUAUCACAUCCAAACGGACUGUCUAUAUUCGGAAGAAUAAUAUGUAUUGGAAAUCAUUUUUACUUGUAAACCCUUAUCAGUUAAUAUCAAAUUCCAUAUUAAAUAUUGAUGAGUGUCUCAUA